AUGUCGACACAGGCGUCACCCAGCAAUCUCGACAGCGACAGCGACAGGUCGGAGCAGCUCAUGCGCAAUGUCGACCUCGAAGCCACAAGUGGUGACCUGCCGCAAUGGAAGCCCGUCAAUGUCAAUGCUCUGAGCCCUCAAUCCGCUGGCUCGAGCUUUUCCGCCAUCAAAUCAUGGUUAUGGUUACCAACCUGGCACCGACCCAAAAGCCAGCAUAAAACCGCCUAUCUUGACGGGUUACGAGGUUUUGCUGCCUUGAUAGUGUAUUGGCACCACCAUGUGCUGUGGGCGCACAACAAAGACAGGAUCGAGAAUCACGACAUAUUCGAGAAUAGCUUCGGGUAUAAACAGUUGUACUACUUUGCUGCUUUACCGGGGGUACGACUCUUCUUUUCCGGCGGGCACCUGGCUGUGUCUAUAUUUUUCGUAUUAUCUGGCUACGUCCUCUCCAUCAAACCCUGGAGGCUGAUCGAGAACAAUAACAUUGCCGACCUGGCGGACCAUCUUGGAUCGGCCAUAUUUAGACGCUGGCUACGGCUAUACCUUCCCAUUGCUGCCACCACCUUUGUAUAUGCGACAUCAUGGCAUCUCUUCGGCCUCUGGAUAGAUGGAGCUGAUCCGAAGGGCAAUUGGCUGGACGAAAUGUGGUUUUUAUACUGCGAGUUCAAAAACUUUAGCUUCAUCUUCAAAGAAGGCGGCGUGCCGUGGCUGACGUAUAACGUCCAUCUAUGGUCUAUCCCAGUCGAAUUCAAGGGAUCCCUCAUUGUCUUUGGCUCACUUUUAGCAUUCUCACAAUGCUCCCUCAAAGCCCGUCUCUGGUGCCAGGUCGGCCUCAUCACUUACUUCAUGUACAUCGCCGAUGGGUGGUACUGCGCCAUGUUUAUCGCAGGCAUGCUACUAAGUCAUCUAGACCUAUUGGCAACACUCGACAGACUCCCCCAGUUUAUUACCCGGCUUUCGCCGUACAAGACCAUUAUCUGGUAUCAUAUGCUACUAGUCGGCAUCUACCUGGGCGGCGUGCCUGCAGAAAACCGCGAUCUGAACCAACUUGCCGACAGCCGCGGCUGGUAUCUCCUCUCGUUCCUCAAGCCGCAGGCCGUUUUCGACUACAAGUGGUUCUACCUAUUCUGGGCGGCGGUGUUACUCAUCACUUCCAUUUCCCACAUUGCGUGGCUGAGAAGAUUCUUCGAGACCCAUGCCUGCCAAUAUCUCGGCCGCAUCUCUUUUGCGCUUUACCUUGUCCAUGGACCUCUGCUGUGGACGUUGGGAGAUAGGAUAUAUUCUGUCGUGGGCUUUAGAGGGAAGGACCAGAUUGAGCAUAUUCCGCAGUGGGUGGAUAGGUUUUUGCUGCCGCAGAUAGGGCCGACUGGGCUGGAGCUGGCUUUUCUGCUGCCGCAUGUCAUCUUGCUGCCUGUGACGUUGUGCGUGGCAGACUUUGUGACGAGGGCGGUUGAUAAGCCGAGCGUGCAGUUUGCGGCGUGGGCGUAUAGAAAGACGUUGCCCGGUGUUGGGAGGAAACAGGCGAGUGCGUAG